CACCACUUUGCUGAUUUUUUAGGCAAAAAGGUAAUGGAUUGUCUACCUAUUUAUUAAUUAUGCAACUAGCCUCUGUGCUUAGCCUUGGAAAUUCUAUAUUUUCUAUUUGCAUUAUAAACGAAAAGAUUCUUAACUUCUUAGGAACACAUAAAAAAACAAAAUCCCAGAAAGCCUUUCCUUUGAAACUGAUUCCUCUCCUCCUCUGCCUAGUGGCUGAACCUUGUCCUGCUUCGUUUGUGGUUCCAAAGGGCGACGGGUCACACCUCAAUCCACCUUUUGACAAAAUAGAUUCGCCAACUGGCUCCACCACACCACCCUAUAAACCAUUUUAUAAGCAAGCAAAGCAAUCACAGCAUGAGCAAGCACCCAUGGCAGUCUCUUCUCUUGCAUGAACCAUAUCCCCAAAGCCUUCUCUUUUGUUCUUGCUCCUUCAGCACUAGUUCUCACCAUUCCUUUAGACACUUUAGGAUUUGAACUGAAAGCACAAAGUUUAGAGCAACUUUGAUGGCUUCAAGUUCUCUUAGUAAGCAAAACUCCAGCUCCUCUUGGACCCCAGAGCAGAACAAAAGGUUUGAAAAAGCACUAGCAUUGUAUGAUAAGGAGACCCCUGACCGGUGGCAGAAUGUAGCCAAGGCUGUGGGUGGGAAUAAAACAGCUGAGGAAGUGAAAAGCCACUAUGAAAUCCUUCUAGAGGAUCUCAGGCAUAUUGAGUCUGGUCUUGUUCCUAUUCCCAAGUACAGGUCCAAUGGAAGCAGUGCCAACAUUGAUGAAGAAGAGAGGCUUCUGAAGUAUCUUAAGCUGCGGUGAUCUAAGUCCAAGCCACAACCACCUUUCAUUCAAGUUUAAAAGCAGAUUUAUGAGAAGUAAAUCUGUGUAUUAAUAUGUAUCUUUCUCUUCUUCUUCUUCUUCUUCUUCUUCCUUUUUUUUUUUUUUGGUGAGUAUCCUGUAUCAAUGUGUAUCACUGCUACUUAGUGAAGGUAUUGGACCGUCCUAAAUGUAAUAAAAUAUCCAUCUUUAUUUAUAAAAAAAAAAUUAUU